UAAAUACCAUUCACGUGCGACACUUCACGUUAACAGUGGGAAUGUGCUAAUGUAAUCGUCAGGGACGUGCACUUUAAUACGAUUUAUCAUUCAAUAGUAUAUAUGUACUAUAAAUUUCUCAACAUUUUGAGAAAUGAAAUAUAUAUAGUUAACGCACAAGAGAUGAUCAUUCUUUCUUUGCGUGACAAUGUGAGUCUAGAUCAGCCGAGUUUAAAAUAAAGAAGCACGGGGACCUUGUCAAAUAACGGUGUUAUCUUCCAAUAAGUAGAACGUUCAUUCAGAUGUGGCUAAAUCACUUAAGCUCAAAAACAUAACUGUAUUAGAGUGGCGACCAAAAAAUGGCAUGGAUAUACUAUGGAGAUAGAGAGAAAAAUAUUAGUUUAUUAACACUUUAUAUAAACAUGAAUAAAGAAAUUUGAGGGGAGGAUAUUUUACAAGAAUAAAAGUUUAUUUUAACACCGUAAAGAAACGCAGACUCAUGACCGUGCCGGAGGAGAGAGAUUCAACCGGAAGUGGGGACGAUGGGAAAACUGUCUCAGCGGAUUCUGUUGCAGACGGAAAUGAAUCGCUGAUUAGUGCCAGGCAAGUAGUAGCUGGCAAUAAAACGGCCACAGACACUGAGAAAGAAUCUCAAGAAAAACGUGUCGGGUUCGAACUAGACGACGAUGCGGAAAAUGGAGAGAAAGAGACCAAACCGGAAGAAGCUGCGCUAUUAUCUAUUGAAGUCUCUCAGCAGACUGGAUGGAUGCCUGACGGGGGUUGGGGAUGGGGCGUGGUCGCUGGAGGUGUCAUUGUUCACGUUUAUGUCGGUGGCUUGAUGAAGGCUAGUGGUGUCAUGUACAUGAAACUGAAGGACGAGUUCAACCAGAGUGCUGUAGCUACAGCCUGGGUAUUUUCAUUGUUCACAACAUUUUUACUCUUAAUGGGGCCAGUUGCGGGCGCCAUGUGUCAUCGUUUCUCGUGCCGCACGGUUGUAUUUCUCGGAAGCAUUCUGUGUUUCAUAGGAAUCCUCAUCUCUGCCUUCGCCCCGAAUAUCGAGUUUCUCUACUUUAGUUAUUGUGUCGUCGGCGGGUUUGGUCGCUGUUUGACCUACACACCUAGUCUGAUCCUAGUAAACAAUUACUUUAACAAACGACGAGGUCUUGCCGUCGGAAUAACCACCGCCGGCGUCGGGCUAGGAAUGUUCACGUUUCCGCCUUUGAUUGAAGGUAUAUUCGGUUACUAUGGUUAUCAAGGAGCGAUGUUGUUGUUGUCGGCAAUCAGUUUACAAACGUUUGUUUGUGCAGCCCUCUUCAGACCAAUGGACCUUCACAAGAAGAUCUCUAAAACGCAAAGAAUCAAUGAUCUUGUAAAAAUGGCGCGUCGUGGAAGUGUUGAUGCCAAAAUGAUAGUUCAGCAGUUUGCUCCACCAAAGCCGAAAAAUAAACACCUUGCAAUUGCUAGUACUGGUGACCAAUGGCAUGGUAGCAGCGAAUUUUCUUCCACAUUGGAAUUCACUUACAUACCGGAACCACAACCAAGACGUAGAUCCGUAUUUCAUGAUAAGAUGUCGCAAGUGAAACAAGCUUUUAAACGUCCGCCGGAACAGGAAAAGCGGCCAUUUUUAGAACUGUCAUUAUUGAAAGACUUCCCAUUUUUAACUUUAUGUGUGUCAGUGUUAUUAUUUACAUCAUCAAUGAUGUCUGUAUUUGUAUUUUUCCCGCCUCUCGCGAGAUCGAAAGGCGUGUCACAAAUGCAAUCGUCUUUCCUCAUUUCAAUUAUUGGCGCCAGUGACUCUGUCGCGCGAUUCACCUCCGGUUUUGUGUUGGAUAUGAAAAAAGUGAAACCGUACCGAUUGCUUGUGUACAAUGGCGUUAUGUUUGGUGUCGGAAUUGUUUGUAUGAUCAUGCCGUCAAUAGAAGGAUUUUCUGGAUUUGCUAUCAUUGCGGCAUGUUAUGGAAUUUUUACGGGUACAUACGUUGCACAGAAGUCUGUUGUCGUUGUUGAUGUAUUAGGCCUGGAGAAAAUGACAAGUUCAUUUGGACUGCUUCUAGGGUUUCAAGGAAUUGGCUCACUAGUUGGUCCAACAGUCUCAGGGCUAUUCCGGGAUGUUUUUGGAUCUUACGACGAGGCGUUUUAUUUUGGUGGUUUGGGUAUAUUCUUCGGCGGACUUGUUUUAGUAUGCGGCAACGUCUGGAAGAUAAUUAGAGAAAGGCGUGCAAAACGAAACGAAAAGAAGUCGGGCGAAGAUGACGUUUGAUUUUGUUAUGACAUAGCUGUUCAUUUAAUGAUAUAUAACGAAGUGUUCAAUUAAUGAUAUAUAACGAGAUGCCAUUAUAUCAUAUAUCAUGAUAUAUCAUAUUUUAUGAUGUUCUGUGCUAUGUUAUAUACAUAUUAUAUGGAAAAAAUUAUGAUAUAAAACAUUUAAUAUAUAGAGGAUUAUUGAAUGAGUGUAGUUUAAUACUUUUAUUGAACGAGUUGAAUAAAAUCAUAUUAUGCGAGCCUCUGGCGAGCAUAAUAUUGUUUUAUUCAACGAGUUCAAUAAAUUUAGUAUUGAAUCUACACGAAUAUAAUAUUCUAUUUAUCACAUAUAUAAAAUAAGAACAGUUAACUGUUAAAAUGAGUAAUUUUUCAAUGACGCGCCUAUAGUGUAACCCUAACAUUAACGCGCUUUAACGCUAUGUUUAUAUAUGGCACAAAUGACGUCACGUCAAGUGUUAUUACACUAGUGUAAUAUCGUUUUUAUUAAAUGGCUUUAUUGCACUCCUGCGCCGCGGUUUAUGUGAUAAAUAUUAUUUAUUUGAUAUUAAGGGUGAUCGUUCCUUUUUCUUGUUCCUCUGUAUGAUAUGUAUAUGUAUAUAAAAGUUUUGUUUGGUAAGUCAAGAGACGUAACUGAAGUAACAUUUUUGUGACAACCUGUACUUGUGUGUGUAUUUAUGUAUGAAAUGACCAUAUCAGUUCAGUUUCGUCACUAAUUUUGCAUUUAUGUGUAUAUUACUACUAACCAUGUUCACCGCUAAGUUUGCAUUUGAUUCAUUUAAAAAUAUAGUCGGAUGGUUAGUUCCGUACUAGAAUUGGUUCAGACUCAAAUAUAAGGUAUAUAAGUGAGUAGGGAGGUUAUUCUGACCACGGAUUUACAUUACAUGUAAUAUAAAUCCGUGUUCUGACGCAUAGUAACAUUUUAUCGUUACAUUUUGUUCUGGUAUGCAUGAAAUAUGAAAGCUGUUGUUUGAAUUUUAAAAUAUGUGUAUAUGUUAUAUCGCAAUAAUUGUUAAAGGGAAUAUUUUCCUAAUUCUGAAUAAAACUAAAGAUUGUUCA